CCAAGCCACCUUCCCCCGCCUUGUUUUUCUGUCGAGCCCUAAGGAAUAGCAACGCAAACAGCCGUAUAAUCAUUAACAAAAGAUAAAACCCAAAUCCCGGAUCGCGGUGCUGAAAAGCGCAGCUGGAGCGCCUGGCGUGUGGUCGCAAGCAUAUAGAACAGGCUUCCCCAAAAAACUGGCCAGCAUGGAUUGAGUGAGAUCAGCUCCUGAAGACUGGCACAUGUGAGGGUGCCAUUUACCUUCGGAUAUGGAAUGAUGGAAUGUGUUUUCUACGUGGGAAUUACGGGAAGAGAUCUGAUGCACCUGUGUGACUGACACGUAUGUCGGACUGAUUCCUGCAACAUGAAUCCCGGAAGUCAGCACCAAGAUGUUUUCAUCUCGUUUGUGGAGAGCGGCUGGAAGCAGCGCAGCAAAGCACCUCCCCAUUCACUGGAACUGAAGCUUAAAACCUCAGACAAACAUUACUGUGACAAAUGUCGCUUUUCAUCUAGAGACGGUGUGCAGUUCCAGAAGCAUGUGUCCCAGCAUGCAGAAAUGACUUUUUCCUGUUCUUAUUGCAGCCACGUUUCCUACACGAAAGGUGAAUCUCAGCGUCAUCUCGUCCAGCACACGGGCAUCUUUCCCUUUAAGUGCCAAUUCUGUGAGUAUGGAGCGAUAAGGAAUGACUACAUAGUUAAACAUACGGAGAGGGUUCACAGGAUCAUGGUAGAAAGGGCCAACAAAGUGAAAAGGAAACAAUUCACUGUAAAAAAUGGUCUUCGGGUCCCCUCAGCAUUGCACUCUUCUGUGACGCGUAUGCCAGGGACCACAGUGGCUAGUGGGCCAGCUACUGGUACAGACGGUAAUUCUAAUAAGGUGAUCACUAAGGAAAAGCUGGACAAUGCUAACAGAUUAGCUAAAGUACAGGUGGAGCUCCUAGCACCCCUGAAUGAACCCAUUCAACCAGACCGGCCUCUCACUGUUACUUACCCUCCAGAGCUGUCCAUCCCACCUGGCUGCUUUCUUGAACUUGUGGAAGUGAAAACUGUGAAUGGAACUAAGGAAUUGGAACUUAAGUUAGUCUCACAGCAGUCUAUUGAAGGAGAAAGACCAGAGAAAAGUCUGGCAGGUCGAACUGGAGAAUGUAUGGGAGAAAAUGAAAAUGUUAAUGUGGCUAAAGCAUCCUACCACUGCGGUCUUAUUUCGCAGUGUGAGAAAACCGUGGUCUCCAGCCCAUCUGUGUCAAAACAGGAUAUGCAGCAGCAUAGCAACUUCUCAUUGAUUAAGAACUUGUUAGCUGCACCACCUGCUGGUGACCUGAAGCUGAGACAAAACUCAAAGGAGACACUAAUGACAUUGAAAGAGGAGCCUGAAGAAUGCGAAAUUGAGCUUGGAGACAAAAUUCAACUUGGAGCCCCGACCAACAAAGGCCAAAUGCUAAUGGAUGAAAGGCAAGAACAGGACAGGAAGCUGCUUAUCAAUCUCAAGGACUCUGUUGUGUCUUCACAGACUAGAGUCACUCCUGAGUGUGUCGGCCAGCAGAAGUCCAGUUCUAAAAGACCCCUAGAGGUAGAACUUGAUUCUUCUUCAUGUGAGAAACAGACGAAGACUGGUUCCACACAGAUCCAAACAGCAAGCAAUAAAAGCUGUCCCUUAAAGGGUCCGGCCAUUUUGAAAUGUGAAAAUUGUCCUGUUGAUUCAAUGCCUGUUGUCAGGCCCAGUUCUCAGACGAAUGAUGGAGAUGUGCACGCUGCUGACCUGCAAUCUGGGGAAUUACCCAUCAUUUCAUCAGUGUUUUCUCUGCACCGGGGGCCAGAGGAUAUUCCUGCUUGUGUUGGCUGGGAAGCCACCAGGAAACGACAGCUUCAGUCAGUUCCAGUAGCACCUUCUGUGGAAGGCCAGAGUGCUGGUGGGACUGAGCCCUCUGCUGUACAAGAACCAGGGAUUACAGUGACUUCAAGUGCCAGCACAGUGUUAGUUAACAGUGUUAGUGUUAGUACCAGUAGUAGCAGCGCACAAGAAGGUACUAAAUAUGAUCCUGAAAUGGACUGCCCAAAAAACGUAACUCCCAACAUCUCACAAAUCCCCCUGCCAAAAAAUCAGUCAUCGAGCCAAAAGGUUGCAGUGCUGGAUCAGAGCAAAAGCCGUCUUAACAAAAUUCCUACAAAUAUCACCGUUACAGUCAAUAGCCCUGAAAACCAAAAAAAUGCCGAAGGCUCUCAGCCUACAUUUAUUCCUGAGGGCACCAUGCUUAAAAUUUCAAGCUGCCUGUCAAAGUCCUCAGAGCAGCAGAGCUCUCAUGCCAGAGCCACUGAGAAUUCCUUCUUUAGUGAAAACUGGGUGCCUAGGACAGUCCUUUCCAGUGAUGCCAGCAAGCACAACAUUUCCAGUACAAAUAUGUCAGCUCCGUGCAAAGGGCUCAAGCUCUCGUUGAAGCGGAGAAGAUCUGGUGCAGAGAACGAGGGAAUGGAUGGACACUGGGUUCAGCAGGAUACACAGUAUGGGGAAGAGCAGAGCCACUCGUAUAAACAGUCCAAAGAAAGAAAGAAGAGUAAGAAAGACAAGAAGACUUCAAAAUUAAAGGUCUUUUUGGAAAAGUCUGGGACUAGUGAAGGGGACCUGAGCAGGCAGCGGCUAAUUCCACUCAAAGAGGACCAACUAGUUACAUCCCCAGCCCCAAAUCAACCAGUUGUCAUUCUUAACCACCCCAGACCCCGUGCGUCCACCGUCCACCCAAAGGUGAUGUCCAAGCAUGUCUGGACGACUGAUCAAGACGUGUCUUUUGAUACAGUAGAGAGCUUGUUAAAAAUGAAGCUAAAGAAAGUUAAUCGAAAUAAAUACCAGGUGGUGGGGUUUGUUUAUAGGGACCCAGCAAGGAUGAUAAUGUGCUAGCAUUGUGACAUUGACUGGUAUAGCCAACUGCUGGAAUGUUAUCACUACUGACACUAAAACUGUGUUAAAAGUCAUUAAAAAAAAGUGAGCUACUGUAUUGACAUAAAUCAUACUUAUGGGACUAGUAGCUUUGAAAGGCGAGUUUCUGAUCAGCUCAGUAUUGUUUAUAGGUUUAUGUUGUCAUGUCAUGUAGAGCUCAUGACAGAGCUGGGUGUGUUUGCAUGAACAAAGCAGUCCUAUGUAUCAUCCUGUUUGCAUUUUAUCAGCGUGAAGUGGUUUAGUUUAUUUUAUAGUAGUUCAACUGUGGUAUCUGAUCUUUGCUCUGAUCAUUGCAUGUUUCAUAUGAUGCAGUUUCAUAUUGCAUUGCAUUUGAGCUUUCUUAUCAAAUUCUGCCGUUCUUCUGUGAUAGUGUAAAGCGGGAGGCUUUGCUUGGUAUAAAAGUUUGGAGAGAAGGUGCUGAAUCUCCUUCUAUAGAAUGAAGCAGAACUGAAAAUGUCUUUAUGUCCCAGUGUUUUAAAAGACAAAUAUGAUAAACCCAGUAUAUAGUCUGUGUAUUUUUUUGCCCCUUGAGGGCCUUUGUAUAUACCAGCCAAACCUCAUCAAAUAAUAAUCAGUCCUUUGAAUUAAUGUCUCCCCAUAUGCACCAUAAAAUAUUGAAUCCCCCUUUUUAGUUUGAGUUAUGGUAUUCAGCUGCUGUGGAAAUGUGCGAGUUUUAAAAGAGUUUUUAACUUUUUGUAGUCAGUUCAUGCAGUUUUAUAAAACCGGCAUCAGUCAUAAUACAUGCAGCUGGUUUACAAGCCAGAAUUCAUUAGAUUGUGAAUUCUGGGUUGGAAGCUGUUCUGAGUUGUUUAGUGCCUUGGGGGCGGGGUGACAUUCAUGAGAACUGUUAAACAACUGCUGGUAUUUGGUAUGUAUAUGUAUGCACACAUGUAUCUUGGUUUAAAAUGCCACAGAGAUUCCCUUUAAGUGCUGAGCACUGAUGUUGCUGACUGGUCUUUGUGACGAUGGACUCGUCCGGCCUGGACACCUUGGCAUCUAACUACUGACAGGAGGAGGCCUCGUUUAAACACCACCAUCGGAGAGACGUGUUCUUUCACAAUCUGUUGUGCAACUGAGGGUCUGGGGUUUAUCUCACCUGCUGUGGCUGCCCAGGAGGGUCAGAGCUGGCUUCUCUAUCCCUUUGAUAAAGGCCAGAUCGGGAAUUAACAGAAUAUAGGACUUUCAAUUCAAACGACAUUGCUUAGCCAUGGGUGUGGUACACAAGCCACUUUUGUGUCCUGUGUAGGGCACAAGGACCUAGAUAGCUGGCUUCAGGACUGCCAGUUCCAGUAUUUAGAGUGCAUAUAUCCUAUUAGGAUAAGAGAGGCCCCUGAAGAUGGCGCUGAUCCAGGAUUGUAAUAAUACAGUGUAAUGUCUUAGGUUUUCAGUCUUGUUCCAUUUUGAAUUUGCUGGUUUGCUUUCUAAUCAGUUGCUCUCAUGUCUGCAAAUGAACGUUAGCCUGUGCAUAUUUAAAUUUUGCAGUUAUGUUAAUUUGUCAAGUUUUUUCCCAUGAAUAAAUUCAUUUUUUUUAA